GAAGCCGAGGAGUCUUGCGCUCGCCGCCAGAGACCGGGGCUUUCCCGAGCCGAAGUCCAGAUCUUAUGUAAAAUGGAUAUUUCUCACACUAAAUACUGAACAUUAAGUAGAAAAUCUAUUUAGUAAAAUCCAAGCUGCCAUGGAAGAAAUACCAAUAAAAGUUGCCGUAAGAAUUAGACCUCUGCUCUGCAAAGAAGUUCUUCAUAAUCAUCAAGUUUGUGUGAGAGUUAUUCCAAACACCCAGCAAAUUAUCAUUGGGAGAGAUAGAGUCUUUACUUUUGAUUUUGUUUUUGGCAAAAAUUCAACUCAAGAUGAAGUUUAUAAUACGUGUAUAAAGCCCCUAGUGUUGUCACUCAUUGAGGGCUAUAAUGCAACUGUUUUUGCCUAUGGACAGACUGGAUCUGGGAAGACGUACACCAUUGGAGGAGGCCAUGUUGCUUCAGUUGUGGAAGGUCAAAAGGGUAUCAUUCCUCGAGCUAUCCAAGAAAUAUUUCAAAGCAUCUCUGAACAUCCUAGCAUUGACUUUAAUAUAAAAGUAUCUUAUAUAGAAGUAUACAAGGAAGAACUAAGAGAUCUUUUAGAAUUGGAGACAUCUAUGAAGGAUCUUCACAUCCGAGAAGAUGAAAAAGGAAACACAGUGAUUGUUGGGGCCAAGGAAUGUCAUGUAGAGGGUGCAGAUGAAGUGAUGAGUCUUCUGGAGAUGGGGAAUGCAGCCAGACAUACAGGUACCACCCAAAUGAAUGAGCACUCCAGCAGAUCACAUGCAAUUUUUACAAUCAGCAUUUGUCAAGUUGAGAAAAAUACAAAGGCACCUGAAGAUGGAUCUUGGUAUUCCCAUCGGCAUAUUGUCUCAAAGUUCCACUUUGUGGAUUUGGCUGGAUCAGAAAGAGUAACCAAAACAGGGAAUACUGGUGAACGGUUCAAGGAAUCCAUUCAAAUCAACAGUGGGUUGCUGGCUUUAGGCAACGUAAUUAGUGCUCUUGGAGACCCACGCAGGAAGAGUUCACAUAUUCCAUACAGGGAUGCUAAAAUUACCCGGCUUCUGAAAGAUUCCCUGGGAGGCAGUGCUAAGACUGUCAUGAUCACAUGUGUCAGCCCAUCCUCCUCAGAUUUUGAUGAGUCCUUAAAUUCUCUCAAAUAUGCCAACAGAGCACGAAACAUUAGAAACAAACCCACCGUAAACUUCAGCCCUGAGUCAGAUCGUAUGGAUGAAAUGGAAUUUGAGAUUAAGUUGCUUCGAGAAGCUUUGCAAAGCCAGCGGACUAGUGUCAGCCAAACUAGCCAGAUCCAUCGAGAGGGGACUCCUGAUAAAAAUAAAAUCCAUUCUCUUGAGGAACAAGUAGCUCAGCUACAGGGAGAAUGUCUGGGUUACCAAAGUUGUAUAGAAGAAGCCUUUACCUUCUUGGUGGACUUAAAAGAUGCUGUCAGACUAAACCAAAAGCAGCAACACAAGCUGCAGGAGUGGUUUAACGUGACCCAGGAGGUCAGGAAGGAUGUCUUCACCUCAGUUCGAGAAAACCGAGCCAUUGGAAACCUGGAAGAAGGACCACAGCAUAUUACAGUCCUCCAACUGAAAAGAGAGCUUAAAAAAUGCCAGUGUGCUCUCGCUGCUGAUGAAGUAGUAUUUAAUCAGAAGGAACUGGAGGUAAAGGAACUGAAAAAUCAAGUGCAAAUGAUGGUACAGGAAAACAAAGGACAUGUGGUAUCUUUGAAGGAAGCGCAAAAAGUGAAUAGAUUGCAGAAUGAAAAAAUAAUAGAACAACAGCUUCUUGUGGAUCAACUGAGUGAAGAACUAACAAAACUUAACCUGUCAAUGACUUCUUCAGCUAAGGAAAAUUGUGGAGAUGGGCCAGAUGCCAGGAUCCCUGAAAAGAGACCAUAUACUGUACCAUUUGAUACUCGUUUGGGGCAUUAUAUGUAUAUCCCAUCAAGACAAGACUCCAAGAAGAUCGAAUGUCUCCGGGAGAGUCAAGAGUUGAAUUUGCAAAAAUUAAGGAAUUCAGAACGCAUACUUACUGAAGCUAAACAAAAAAUGAGAGAACUUACAAUUAACAUCAAGAUGAAGGAAGAUCUGAUUAAAGAAUUAAUAAAAACAGGUAACGAUGCCAAGUCUGUAAGCAAACAGUAUUCUCUGAAAGUAACAAAACUAGAGCAUGAUGCAGAACAGGCGAAAGAGGAACUAAAUGAAACACAAAAGCAGCUACAGGAGCUGGAAAACAAAGGUCUUUCUGAUGUUGCUUUGAAGGUAAAAUUACAGAAAGAGUUCCGUAAAAAGAUGGAUGCUGCAAAGUUGAGAGUCCAGGUCUUACAGAAGAAGCAACAAGACAGUAAGAAAUUGGCAUCACUGUCAAUCCAAAAUGAGAAACGUGCUAAUGAACUAGAGCAGAAUGUAGAUCACAUGAAAUAUCAAAAGGUACAGCUGCAGAAACGAUUUCGAGAAGAAAAUGAAAAAAAGAAGCAACUGGAUGCAGAAAUUAAGCGGGAUCAACAAAAAAUCAAAGAACUACAGUUAAAAUCAGAACAGGAAGAAGGUCUAAAACUGAAAGCUGAGGACCUUGAUGCAUUUAACUGGAAAAGGAGAAAAGAUUUGUUGGGAAGUAUAGACCCACUCCAGAAAUUGGACGAGCAAAAGAAAUGGUUAGAUGAAGAAGUAGAGAAAGUUCUGAACCAACGCCAAGAAUUAGAGGAGCUGGAAGAAGACUUAAAGAAACGGGAGGCCAUAGUUUCUAAGAAGGAGGCCCUGUUACAGGAGAAGAGCCACCUGGAAAAUAAGAAGUUGAGAUCUAGUCAGGCUUUAAGCACAGAUAGUUUGAAAAUAUCAACUCGCCUGAACUUGUUGGACCAAGAGCUGUCUGAAAAGAGUGUGCAGCUCCAGGGCAGCACAGCUGAGGAGCAAAUAAAGAUUUCAGAACAAGUUGAAGCCCUCCAGAAAGAGAAGGAUCAGCUCCAGAGACAAAGAAAUAGUGUGGAUGAAAAACUUAAAAAUGGUAGAGUGUUAUCACCUGAAGAAGAACAUGUUCUUUUCCAACUUGAAGAAGGGAUUGAAGCUUUGGAAGCUGCAAUUGAAUACAAGAAUGAAAGUAUCCAGAGUCGCCAGAACUCACUUAGAACAUCAUUCCAAAACCUCUCUCGUAGUGAAGCAGAUGUCUUAGAAAAACUAACUUGCCUGAGUCCAGUUGAGAUUAGAGCUAUUCUUUUCAGAUACUUCAAUAAGGUGGUUAAUUUGCGAGAAGCUGAACGGAAACAACAGUUACAUAAUGAAGAAAUGAAAAUGAAGGUUCUGGAACGGGACAAUAUGGUUCAUGAAUUGGAAUCUGCACUGGAACAUCUGAAAUUGCAGUGUGACCGGAGACUGACCCUCCAGCAAAAGGAACAUGAGCAAAAGAUGCAGUUGCUGUUACAUCAUUUCAAAGAGCAAGAUGGAGAAGGCAUUAUGGAAACUUUAAAAACAUAUGAAGAUAAAAUCCAGCAGUUGGAAAAGGAUCUUUAUUUCUAUAAGAAAACUAGCAGACAUCUUAAGAAGAAACUCAAGGAACUUGUAGGGGAAGCAGUUCGUCAGCAACUAGCACCAUCAGAAUAUCAUGAUGCUAAAGAUGGAGUCCUAAACCCAGAAGAAGCAGGCAUGCGUUCAGAAGACUUAAAAUGGGCAUCCAGGACUGAAAGUAUGAAAUUAAGUGGAAGAGAAAUAGAAAUAGACAGUUCAGCAAGCAGUUUAAGAACACAACCAAAUCCUCAGAAGUUUGGGGAAGAUCUCACAGAAUUACCUCCAAUUUAUAGCUCUUUAGCACCCCCCAGUGGGCAUUUGUUAAGCAAUGGGGAUAAAACAGAAACGGAUGAAAAUCAGUUUACAAAAUCUCACUGUCAACCAUCAUCCCAAAUUCAACCUGUGGGAAAUGUGGGACAACUUCAUGGUGUUACACCUGUAAAAUUGUGUCGCAAAGAAUUACGUCAAAUUUCUGCCUUGGAACUAUCAUUACGACGCUCUAGUCUUGGAGUUGGGGUUGGAUCAAUAUCUGCUGAUUCCAUUGAAGUAUCUAGGAAACCAAGUGACUUAAAAACUUAG